AUGAAUCCGCCGUUUCGAUUUAGAACUUCAUCGGCACCGCCACCACCAUCAAAGCUUUCGUUGGCGAAGAAUGUGCGGCAGCAACUGCAGCAUCAGCAACAGCCACAGAAGAAGGAGGAGGAAAGGUCAUUCAAUCAGCGGUCACCACAUCAUUCAGAGGCGGAGAAGAAGAAGGCGGUGGUCAAUGUCAGGGCGCCAUCACCUGGAAUCAUCUUCUCGCCGCCGACGUUUGACCUGAGCAAGGAGGGGCGAUUUGCCUAUGGCAUGGCUAGAGGCUCUCUACCGAUGAUACCAGCACUAUCAGCAGCUAAUGUGCGGCCCCAAGGGAUCAUUAACCUGCAAACUUCACUCGGGUUUAAAAAGGCUACACAGACUGAUGAUCAGCAGCAGCAAGAUCCAUCACCACCAUCACCUGAAGUGAGCAGUAAUGAAAACGCGCUUAGAGGUGGUGAUUCCCCUCAUCGUAGCCACUAUCAACAAAAGCACCAGUACUUUACCCUUCGACGACCUUCAGCGACUUUUCGCCCUCCUCCUCCUCCUCCGGUGCAGUCAAUCAAAGCGGUGACUGCACCAGAAAUCACAAUAGCACCAGCAAUCACAAGAGCACCAGCAAUCACAAUAGCACCAGCAACGCUAAUAAAAGCCCCUUCAAUGGCACAAAUAGCCUCAAAAUCAACACCGACAUCGUCUUGGUCAGCACCAGCAGCAGCAGCUCCACCACUACCACCUCCUCCACCAAUACCACCUCCGCCUCCACCAAAAACUUUGACUUUCAAAAAGGAGGUUAUCCCGUGGAUUUCGGACCAGAAAAGCAGUGCCAGCAACAGCAAAGUUAAAAAGGAACGGAACCAAAUCAUCACCGCGGGUAUCAGCAGCAGCAAUGACAACUCGGCAAAUAAGCGACCGUUCAAGCGGCCACUUUUCCCAGAGUCUACGACUGCCAUCAACAAAAGCAACAGCAGCAGCACCAAGAAACGCAAAGAGCCGGUGAUCAAGAUAGGAAAGUACGACAUGCUCGGUCAGCUGGGGUGCCCAAACACCAGCACCAAUUCACUGCCGCUACUCUUCAACCACAAGAAGCCCUUCAAGAGCUCACCGGUGAAGGACAUCGACCCGGCCGAUCUGUUGGAGUUGGAUGAAAAGUUCUUUAUUGACUAA